UCCAUCGCGGAAGUAGCCCGUCGUUUUGUGGCUCGUCCCCGGCAGCAGGAUGUUGCCCUAAACAAAAGUGAGACAUAUAUUCCGCAGAGGCUGACUUUGAAACAGAUGCGCUAAACUGCUUUCACUUGUCUCUUUACAUAGAAACACACACACACAUAUAUUAGAAAUUACUGCUCUGUCGAAAUGGGACCGGGAUAAAAGAGAGAACAUUCCAGAAGCACCGUGGACUGCGGGGUUUCGAGUGCGGCCUGCUGUCGCCAAGAAGCUCAAAUAGCCGGCCGGAGGACGCACAACAAGUCACCGGCCAUUGUGGACAAAGAAAACAUUGGAGCUUUUCUACAUUUCUCAUCCCGUUCCCUGUCUCCCCAUCAUCAUUCCUGAUUCUGUUCUGGGAGAUUUCAGACCAGUAUCAUCGCCAAGAUAGCUGGGCCAGGCAGGAAGCGGCACACCUCAGAUCCAGACCCCAGCAGCGGCAGCGGUAGUGAUUCCAGCGACGGACGGCCUCUUAGUGCCAAGUGUCUGAAAAUGUCCUCCAGCGGUGGUGGUUCUGGGACGGUGGGCCGACGUGGUGGGGCUCAACAGCAGCAUAGGGGAGGCGGUGGCCAUGGAGCAGAGCUGUCCUCCUCCAGUACCAGUAAAAAGAAGCAGAAGGACAGAGCUAACCAGGAGUCCAGAGAGGCAAAGAGAGCUGCUGCUGCUGCUGCAGGAGUGGAUGGAAUUCUUGCAGAGGUCAAAAAAGAUGUAUUUGUGGACUGGAAACAAAACGCCAGUGAAGUGAUCAUCAGGCUACGUUGCGGCGAAAGUGUGCAGAGGAUUGAGGAUGUCAACACAACCUUCACUGAUACUCACUGCCAUGUGCACUUCCCAGAUGAGCGUCAGUGGUCCUGCUACUUACAAGAGGAAAUAGAAGCCUCUUGUAGUAGAGUCCAGUACAAGGAGAAGGGAGGUUUCCUGUUGCUCAUCCUGCACAAAAAGAUUCCUUUUCACACUUGGCCUUCACUAAAAUCCAACAAGAAGGAGAAAGAGGUUGCACCCAUCGAGACCAAAAAUAUCACUGGGGCAGAGACGAGUCCUAUUGCUUUGGCGUCAACAGAGCAUCUCAAGACCACCUCACCGUCUCAACCUCAGGCUUCCUUCUCCCCUGUACACAGUGCAUCACGCUCCAAAGCUCAACGCGCCGUCAAACGGCACCUGAAAAACAAACAGCCGUGUGACAAAACCUCCAUGGACUUUGCAGAGGCACCGACAACAGGAUCAUCUGGAGAUGGCACAUGUUCUUCACAUAAAAUCGCCUCUGUUAAGAAAGGCAGCCAGCAGUCUCGAGAACCCAGUGCUAAGCGUGCCACUGCACAUCCUCCUCAGAUCAGCAAGGAGGACAAGUCUACUACUGAAAGGGACACGCACUCAGCCCAGACCAGAACCUCACAUGCACACCCGCCUGCUAUGGAGCAGUCACAAACAACACACAGAGGUGGAGACAACAGUGAGGAUAGAUUAAGUAGCGAGCAAGAGCAUAAACAGGGAUGUGAUGUUGCUGCUGCCAGCCAUUCCAACAAGACUCAGGUGACAGGGAAACAACAAGACUCACCAAUCACAGGGGGUAAGUUCAGAACUGGGGAUAGUGAAAAGCAGCCAACAGCACCUCCUGUAAGCACAAGUGACUCCCUCAAAACUUUGGCCUCAAACAACCCCGCAGACUCUCCAGAAAGGAGAAUGGACACAAGUGUCUCUGAGCCACAGACAAUGUCUGUAGAGGAAGAAUCACUGCAGGAUACUCAAACCCACCAGCAGCUGGAUUUAAGUGGAACAGAGUCAGGACCAUCCAAACGAGAGCCAUCCGAAGCAGGUCUGACCCAGAUGCAAGGCAGUUGUGAUGGAGAGGAGAAGCGCGACCAGUCCAAAGAGGAGCCACCACUCUUAAAGCCACAGGAAGCGCCAGAGCCGUUGGUAAACGUGAAAUUUGUAAAGAACGACUCAUACGAGAAAGGCACAGACUUGAUGGUGGUUAACGUGUACAUGAAAGGCAUCUGCAGGAGCACAGCUAGGGUCAUUUUCAGGGAGCAGGACUUCACUCUCAUAUUCCAGACAAGCGAUGCUAAUUUUCUUCGGCUUCAUCCAGACUACGCACCAAACACAGUCUUCAAGUGGCAGGUCAAACUCAGGAACCUGAUACAGCCUGAGCUGUGCAGCUACUCCUUUACUGCGUCCCGAGUGGACAUCACUUUAAAGAAGAGACACAGCCAACGCUGGGAAGGUCUAGAGGCCCCUGCCACACAAGGUGCAGUGGGUGGCGCCAAGGUGGCUGUGCCCUCGAGCCCCACCUGCAUGGAAAAGAGCCAACCAGGCAGCAGCCAGCACAACCUACCAACCAAGGAGGAGCCUCCCAGGGUUGGUGAGGAGAAACCGAAAGCCCCCAAAGCGCCACCCAGAGUAGAGGAGAGUGGUCUGGAAACUGUGGCUCCUCGUACUGUCUCUGAGCAUGUCGCCAUCACCAAGCCAGAGCCUACUGUAACGGCGCCUAAGCCGACUUGCAUGGUGCAGCCUAUGACCCAUGCACCUCCCGCUAGCAAUGAGCACCAUGAGGAAGAGGAGGAAAAGAAGGUGUGCUUACCCGGGUUCACAGGAUUGGUCAACCUCGGAAACACUUGCUUCAUGAACAGCGUCAUCCAAUCUCUGUCCAACACCAGAGAGCUCAGAGAUUAUUUUCACGAUCGAGGAUUUGAGGCAGAAAUCAACUGCAGUAAUCCACUUGGAACAGGAGGCAGGCUAGCCAUUGGCUUUGCUGUGUUGCUUCGGGCACUGUGGAAAGGCACGCACCAUGCCUUCCAACCCUCAAAGCUGAAGGCAAUUGUGGCCAGUAAAGCCAGUCAGUUCACUGGCUAUGCCCAGCAUGACGCCCAGGAGUUCAUGGCCUUUUUGCUUGAUGGCCUCCACGAGGACUUGAACCGCAUUCAGAAUAAACCGUACACUGAGACGGUGGACUCUGAUGGUCGCUUAGAUGAGGUGGUGGCGGAGGAGGCCUGGCAGAGGCACAAGAUGAGAAAUGACUCGUUCAUCGUAGACCUCUUCCAAGGCCAAUUCAAAUCCAAGCUUGUUUGCCCCACAUGUUCCAAGGUGUCUAUAACCUUUGACCCCUUCCUAUACCUGCCAGUCCCGUUGCCACAGAAACAAAAAGUGCUCUCCGUUUUCUACUUUGCCAAGGAGCCGCAUAAGAAACCCAUUAAGUUCUUGGUGAGUGUGAGCAAGGAGAACUCCAGCACUGCAGAAGUCCUUGAAUCCAUCUCCAGGAGUGUUAGAGUCAAGCCUGAGAACCUCCGACUGGCAGAGGUGGCAAAAAACAGCUUCCAGCGCAUGUUUCUGCCCUCCCAUUCACUAGACACUGUGUCGUCCUCGGACAUGUUGUUCUGCUUCGAGGUGCUUUCCAAAGAUAUGGCCAAGGAGAGAGUGUUUUUGCUUCGAGUGCAGCAGAGACUCCAAGUCCCAAAUAUCCCCAUUUCAAAGUGUGCCUCCUGCCUUAAGCCCCCGGUGUCUGACGAAGAUAAGCUGAAGCGAUGCACUCGCUGCUAUCGCGCGGGCUACUGCAAUCAACAGUGUCAGAGGACCCAUUGGCCCAAUCACAAAGGUGUGUGUCGACCCAACACUGAAAAUGUGGGUCUACCUUUCCUGGUUAGCGUACCAGAAUCCCGACUGUCCUACAGCCGCCUCACUCAACUAUUGCAUGGUUACUCCAGGUUUUCCGUCAAUGUAUUCCAGCCUCCUUUCCAGUCUGGAAGGACAUCCCCCGAGCCAUCUCCUAUUCUCCCGAUGCCACCGACAGGCUCUCUAGGUUCAGGAGAUGAAGCCAUGGGUGGUGGUGGUAGUAGUACUACGGUAGAAGCAAGUGACUGUGGACCCGAGUGUGGCACUCCAUUGCUGGACUCCCCGACGGAGCACACCCGGACCUCACCCCUCACCUCUGGGGACACGGCUUCCCUCGCUUCCUCCAAGACGUCUCUCUCAACAACACAGACGUCAGACUCUGGAUUCUCUGAGUCCAUCUCCUCUACUUCCUGCUGCUCUCUGGACACCCAUGUUGAAAAAGAAACCUCUUGUGAGAAGGCAGUGCGGCCCGAAGCUGCAGUAACAGGGUUUCAGCAAACAAAUGAGACGUCUUCAGGGCAUGCCGGUCAGUUCUACAUCGCUCUGCUGGAUUCAAAGAACAAGGAACAAAGGCUGGAUGAAAAAGAAGAUAUGCUGGUCGACCUUCCGGAAGAUGCAACGCUGGAGCUGGUGUGGAAGAAUAAUGAGCGGCUGAAGGAGUACGUCCUGGUGAGCUCCAAGGACCUGGAGUACGAGGAGGAUCCAGGAUCUCUGAGCGAGACGGCCCGAGCGGGACAUUUCACCCUGGAGCAGUGCCUCAACCUCUUCACCAGACCAGAGGUGCUGGCUCCAGAGGAGGCAUGGUACUGUCCCAAGUGCCAGCAGCAUCGUGAGGCCUCCAAGCAGCUGCUGCUGUGGCGUCUUCCCAACAUCUUGAUCAUUCAGCUCAAACGCUUCAGCUUUAGGAACUUCAUCUGGAGGGACAAGAUCAAUGACAUGGUGGACUUUCCUGUCAGGAAUCUAGAUCUCACUAAGUUCUGCAUUGGCCAAAAGGAUGAAAUGCAGCAACCACCUAUCUAUGACUUGUACGCGGUCAUCAACCACUACGGGGGGAUGAUUGGUGGCCACUACACUGCAUAUGCUCGACUGCCAAGUGACAAAAACAGCCAGCGCAGUGAUGUUGGCUGGCGUCUGUUUGACGACAGCACCGUCACGAUGGUGGAAGAGAGCCAGGUGGUGACUCGCUACGCUUAUGUCCUUUUCUACCGACGACGGAAUUCACCCGUGGAGAGGCCGCUGCGCUUCCUCAGACCGGUCGGAGCAGAGUCCCCCUCUUCCAUGGGAGCUACUGCCAGUCAGGCUUCUCUAAUAUGGCGGGAACUGGAGGAAGAAGAGGAAGAGUUGCUUGAUGAAAGUCCACAUGGAGUAUUCCGCUCUGGUCUGCGGCGGCAACAACAACAACAAAUGCACAGGACAGGAGAUGAAGAUGAAGACAGAGGAGCGGAAGGGCGCCACGGUCAUUGCAGUCCUGAUGACGACCGCGUGCGUUAUUUUGUCAUGGGCACUCUGGCCGCCGUGUUUGCCCUCUUGGUGAAUUUGCUGUAUCCUCUUCUUUACAAAGCGAAAUGGGCCUGAGCUGCAACAGUCAUUGGGUUGGUGGCUCUGCUGCUUAUUAGCUCAAACAAGGAAGUCAAAACUAAACUCUGUAUUCCAUCUAAACUCUCCAAGAGGAUAGGAUACGACAGUUUAACAAGAACCCAGGACCUGAACUUGACAUCAGCUCAUCUCUUCCUGUUUUUUGUUUUUUUGUUGACUAGCUAAAAUUCUUGUUUUAACCACGAGGUACAGGAUGCAGCUAAAAGGUUCAUGACUUCUCUACUGCAUCACUCCAACAGAAUUCAUAGAAAUUACAUCCUGGAUUGAUGGUUGAGUUUUGAGGCAUCACAGUACUGUACUCUUCAGAGUGGCUCCCAGUGCUUCCCAAAAAUAAUGGGGCGGGCGAGACAGGGAGUACUUUCAGUGUUGACCUGCCAACAUGUACACAUUUUAUGUACUCAAAAUGCAGUUUGACUCUUGAAUACCGUUGUAUGCUUCACAGCUCUCCCAUUUUUCUGGUUAUAAUCUUAAAUUCACAGAAAUAAAUAUAAAUUUCUCAAUAGGAUCUCAAAUUGGGGGGCGUGAAAACAUUUCUGUGCCCUGGAGGGGCAGACAUUAACUGAGAAUCACUGGUCUCCCCCCAGUAGGGUGGUUUUCAAAUCAACCCUUUAUAGUAUACUCGGGGAGAACAUGUGAUUUGAUUGUUCGUGAAUCAGCACAUGAAUAUUAAGUUUUAAUAUGUGUUCUUGGCGACAUGUCCUGUUAUGCAAUUUUUGCAGGUUUUAUUAGACUUAAUCAGAAAGUCUUAUGUUAACUUCUAUAUAUUGGACUUAGUCAAAGUGUGACUGGUGUAUGUAUAUUGAAUGUAGGUCAGCAGAAACAUAAGAAAUUAGGGAUUUUAGUAUAAAAUGUACGUUAUAGGGCAGGUUUUGCUCAAAGCAAGCCAUUUUAUUCAUUGAGUCGGCACACAUUUUUGGCAUAUUGAUGUAAUAAAUGCAGGUCUGUAUUUGUUAUUGUUGGUUUAUGUACAGUAUGUAUACUGUAUGUACAUCAUAUAUAUUAAGUCUGAUGAAUCAAAUGUGUAAUGCGAGUCUGCUUUAAAGUUGAGAUGUGUUUAAAGGGGAUCUACUCUGCUCAUUUUUGGCACUUUGUAUUGAGUUUUGGGUUCCUAUAUAUAAGCUUUCUAGAUCUUCCAGUUUCUGUACCUCUUUCUGCAAUGUUUCCAUGGACUCCCAUGGACGCUCUGUUUAAUUUACUGCACACCGUCCGCAUUUACUGAGCGCAGGGAAUCUGCAACCCCUCGCAUUGAUGUCAGUAGAACUCGUUGUUAGAAACUCUGUAUAACCGAGCGUGCAGAGCCAUUCAAAACUUAUUAUGCAGGGCUCACUUCCAAAUGUGCAAACCUCAUUAUCUUAUGCUUUUGGCAUUGUUUAACACAAUAAUACAAGAUUGUAACAUUUAUAGGUCCCCUUUAAUGUUCACAAGUGACUUACUGGAAAUGCUUUAUGUAAAGUGUGGCAUAGUCAGCGUCCCUGCAGAGUAUAAUACAGUUUCCACAUUUUGAAAACCACUGUUUUAUGGUGUUUGACAAAUCUUUUUUUUUUUGCCUUUGUCAAAUUUGUUUCUGUUUUUAAAGCACUGUUUGUUUUUUUAUUACUUUUUAUUUGUAUUUUGAUGGUGGAAGCCACCGGAGUAUGUGUAUUACACAGAUAUUCAAUUUAAUUAUGGCUGGUUAUGUUGUCUUUGGUGGAACAUUGAAGUUACUUGGCACUCUUAAAUGUCUAGUUGGGAUUUAUUUUUUUUAUAAUUUAAACAACAAUUGUGAUUGUGUAGAUAAUGCUGGUCUCAGGGAUUUCCAAAUGAAGUCUAAUCUGAUUUGCCUUUAAAUGUACACAUAUAGAAUUACAUAGUCUACAUAUGCAAAACCAUAUACUGAUGGAUGAGCACAUGCAUUGUGUUAUACUCCUACAUUGAAAUAUUUCUUCUAAUAUAUGUAAAAUGUUGUACUUUUCAGAAUAAAAUGUCAAAAUUAGUCAUUAAAUGCAUUUGUAUGAAGUAAUUUUACAUCCUCAACAUGUAAGGUGAUUAUUAUAACCAACUUGAUUUU